GAAUGACGCCACGACUGCAGCUCUUCAUCACUUUACUGCUUCACUUUGGAGCAGGAAUCAGUGAUGGAUUGAUCAUUCUCCAUCACAGAGCUGGAGAUGACAUCAUUUUACCGUCUGAUGUUGAUUCUUCACAUUACCAAUGUUCUGGUGUUGAAUGUAUUUACAACUACGAUGUUGAAAAAUACAUCGUUCAUAAUGGAACUAUUGUGAAGACGUCACCUGGAGCUGACAGGAUGAGUUUGAGCAGUAACUGCUCUCUGAUCAUCAACAAAAUCACUGCUGAAGAUGCUGGUUUUUACAACUGUCGGAAUGACUAUGAUUUUGAUUAUGGUUCCACACUUGUGUAUCUGAAUGUUUUAACAGCAGGAAUCAGUGGUGACAUUGUUCUCCAUCGCAGAGCUGGAGAUGACGUCGUUUUACCAUGUCACAUUAAAUCUUCCGACGACUGUUCUAAUCUUGACUGGAUUCACAACGACACUCAAAAUGCAGAUGAACACUUCAAGGUUCGUUAUGGAUAUAUUGAGGAGGAGUCACCUGGAGCUGACAGGAUGAUUUUGAGCAGUGACUGCUCUCUGAUCAUCAUCAGCAUCACUGCUGAAGAUGCUGGUCUCUACACCUGUAGGGAUGGAUAUGGUGAUUCCACACAUGUGUUUCUGAAUGUUUUAACAGGUGAACUAUGAAGACGAUGAAGACCUGCCUGCUUCUGUCCGAUAAUCAGCUGUGUGUGAUGGAAACAUUAGCGUUAGCCUGGCUACAGAGCAGCAGACGGAUGUUUGGUCUCUGAAAGCUCAGCUCUGUUUAUGACAAUCCUAGUGGUUAGUCUUCAUCAUUUUGUGAUCUUCAAAAAUCCUCUGCAGCUUUUCCUCGGUGUCACUCCUGCAUCGAGGAGCCUGAUGGAUGUUUGAGCCGCUAGCAUGCUAACUAUGUAUUAAAUCUCCUAAACUUGGGUCAUCUCUCUUUUUUCCUGUUAGUUUCAUGCAUAUAUUAAUCAUAUUUGUAAAAUAGCAUUUUUCCAUCUCCGUAAUGUCACAAAGAUUAGGAACAUCCUCUUGAUCUCCAUCCUUUUUUGGAGAAUGAGGGAAUUGUCUGUAAGUACGGUUUUAAGAUACAUAUAUUAUAUUGAAGUUACAUUUGUUUUAAUCUGAGCUUGUAUUUUGUUUCAUGCUGUUUAUCAGUUGUAGUUCAGUCAACUAAAAUCAUUUGUAGUGUUCUGUCAGCUAUAUUGAAGUUUUAUAUUUGUAGCCUCACGUGGUUUAUACCUUUAAGGUGCCGAGAAAUAUGUUGAUCGAUGGGGUUUAUCCAAUAAGUGCUCAUUGUUGUGUUCUUUUUAUUUCAGUUUUAA